AUGGAAAUUGAUUAUGAUAAUACGAGUUCAGUUUCCGCUAAAAAUGAUGAUACAACUUCAAUUUCAACAUCAUCUGAUCCUAAUGAAUCAAAUAAUUCUUUACUGAAUCGACCAAAUAAUGACUUGACUUUAAAUGCUUCAAAUGAUAUCGAUAUGAUGCUAAGUACCGAAACCAAGUUACAAAAUUUGGAACAACAAAACUUAAAGCUUGUCAAAGAAUUAGAUAAGUCCAAAGUUUAUGAAGAUAAUUUAUAUAAGACCUGUCAAAAAUUGAAACAAGAAAUUGAAAGCCUUAGACAAAAUCAAUCUCAUGAAGCUUGUGAAAAGAAAUUAAAUGAACUAGUCCAGAAAAUAUCAGAAUGUGACAAAUCUCAUGGAGAAAGUAAAUAUAAUGAAGUACUCAAAGAAACUAUGAAUUUUCAAGCUUUACAAAAUGAAUACAAUAAACAAAGUGAGAGUAUGCGAGAUUUACAACAAAGUUACGAACGAAAUUACAAUGAUAAAAAUGUACA